AUGGUGGAAAAACGGAAACGCUACAUGGCCGUCAGAGAGACAACCUCUGCAAAACGUCGCAGCCCAAGCCCUCCAACCACUGCUGGUGCGACGCCUGAGGUCGCCCAUGAUGUGCCGACAACGUUUGCAAGGGAUGGACCGUUGCCGGUGCUGCCAGUACGGCAGGAGAAGGAGCUGCCGUUGAAGGAGUACAAGAGUGUGGCCGAGAGUCGAGUCAUGCAAGAGUCGCUCGAACGCUCACGCCGCAAAUGGGUCGACGGCGACAUCUUCGAAAAGUUCUGGAUCAAGCCGCUCAAGUCACGCCGGCUCGACCCCGUCGAGAUGGAGAAGAACCCGGGGAAGGACUGCAUGACCAGGCUCGGGAGUGCCACGCUGAGCUGCAAGCCGCACAAGUUCGAGAUCAAGCUUUUCGGCGUUCUCGAGCCCGUCAAAGCCCCGCCCGCACCUCCUGCCCCCACUCCUGCUCCGCCGCAGCCGCAACCACAACCGCAACCGCAAACUCUGCAGAGACAGCCGCAGCCACAGCAGAUGCAGUCGGUUAAUGGGGUACAGCAGGGAGCCCCGUUUCCGGGGACUGCGCAGCCGGUACAGCAGCAAGUGCAGACGCCAGCGAUACCGCAUCAGCAGCCGGCUACCCAAGGACAUGUUGCUGCUGCUCCACAGCACUAUGUGCCGGCUCAGGCUCCGGCCCAGCGCCCGAUGCACCUUACUCCACAGCAGCAGCAGCAGCAGCACCUGCAACAGCACCCGCAGCAUCAACAACAACACCAACAGCACCCUCAACAUCUGCAACACCCGCAACAUCCACAACACCCGCAGCACCCGCAAUAUCACCCCCAACAGCCCCCACACCCGCAGCAGCCAGGACCACCUCGGCCCGAUCCCGUUAUCCAGUCUCUGGCAAUCCGGGCCGCCGAAGAUCCCGAGCUGAAGGCUCUCAUGAGGAUCGUCGCCUCCGGGAAGGCGACCCAAGAACAAUUGAAGAUAUUCCAGGGCCAUAUCGAUGCAUUGACUCCACAACCACUUGUACCGGUAGCCCGACCAAUUGCUCCUGCGCAAGGGCUUGUCAGACCUCAACCCCCCCAGCAAAUGCACCCUCACCCGCACCAGCAACCACAGCAUCUCCAGCACCUCCAACACCCUCAACAUCUCCAGCAUCAACAGCACAUGCAGCAUCCUCACAACCAGCAGCAGCACCCCCAUCCAUCAUACAUGGUGCAACACCCACGCCCCCAGUACCAGCAGGCCCACCAAGCUCCACGCCCGCAGCAGGUGGCACCCCCGAAGCCGAAGCCCUUCCCGCAGCCGCCAAAACAGGAGAUCACCGCCAUAGUUUUCGAGUUCACCGACCCAUACAGCCAGGGCGACCGCUUCAUGUUCCCGAAAUACUCGAUCCUCGAGUACUCCAGGAACGGCAUGAUGGUCAUCGCCUCCUUCAUGGUGACGCGCAAGCCCAUCGACGACCUCGACGAAUACUACCAGCCGCUCACCAUCACCCUGGAAUCAACGAGCCCGCGCAACCUCGAGAUCCUCCAGCGCGUCGUCAAGGACGCCGACACAACACGCGAGCACAUGAAGAAGCUCAUGGCGACACUGAAGCGCGCGGACGACAGCUUCCUCGCGUUCCGGCUGCGGCGUGAGCCCGGUGAUGCGGUCCCCGAUAGACUUGAUGCGCCGCUGUUGCUGCCACCGCCGCCGCCGCCGGGCCGCGCGAGGGAGAGUAGAGUGAGGAGAGACGCGAGCACGCCGGUGGUGCCUGGGGAGGCGAGGGAGGCGCCGCGUGGACCAAGGGUCAAAAAUGUGAAGAAGGCAUUACCGCGAGAGCCCACUACCACUGCUGCCACUACAAAUACCACUACCGCCACCACAAACACCCCCACAACCACACACACCACCACAACCCCCACCACCACCAACCUCACCACAACCCCACCCACCACCACCACCACAACAACAACCCAUACCCACCCCCCAGCCCCCACCCCAAACCCCCCAAGCCCCCGCGCUCCCGCAAGGGCCGCAUCGCAGAUCCCACAAAGUCCUGCACAAUCUGCAAAACCUCCAAAACAUCGCUGUGGCGAAAGGCGGACAUCGACGGCGAGAACGUCACCGUGUGUCGUGGGGGAUACGAUUGUUGUGAAGGGGGUGGAGGAGAUGGGGGGUGUGGCGGUGGCGGUGGGGGGAGGGAUGGGGUUGCAGAUGGGCGGGUUGGUGCCCGGGGCGGUUGGUGGUGGUGGUGGUGGUGGUGGUGGUGGUAAUGGGGGUGCGCCGAUGGUUGUGCCUGUGGCUGCUCCGGUGGUCGCGCCUGUGGUUGCCCCUACGGCUGCUCCUGUUGCGGCUGCACCGCCGGCGCCGGCGCCGAUACAGGCACAGGCACAGGCACAGGCACAGGCACAGGCACAGGCACAGGCACAGCCAGAGACGCAACCGCAGACACAGACCCAAACCCAAACCCAACCGCAACCGCAGACACAGCCAGAUGCCCCGGCGGCCUAA